AUUGUGGAAACUCCAGUUUGUCAAGAAUUAAAACGGUUGGGAUAUGUUAUUGUGCUUUUUAUUUUCUUGACACCUGUGUCUAUGCUUGCACUUUUCCUCGUUUACAGUAAUAUCACCGCGGCGGCUUGUUUUCAUCGACAGUCUUUGCUACAGUCUACUCGUCGGUCGAUUGUUCGUGUCUGACUGCAGUGUCAUAAACAGCAGACAUGGAAUGCUCCCGCAGCUGAGAGCUGAUCUCCUCGCACCCAUCAUGAGCUCCGCCGCCCGUAUUACCGUCAGCAGAGCUCCCGCCUCAACGACGUGUCCCGGCCUUGCGUCGCUGUGUCCAAUCGGCUCUACCGUCGACGUUUUUCAUGUGUAAAGUGCGGCGGAUCGCGUUGUGGAGUGUGGACUCGGGACAAGAUGGCAGCAGAAUGAGACGCACUCAUCUACGUGCUGCGAGUUCAGCUAAAGUGUGUACAAUGAGCGGAGGACACCUGGAUUAUAUCUGACAGGUAUGGCCUCACAAGUUUUGGUCUACCCACCACAUGUUUUUCAAACUCAGACAAGUGCCUUUUGUAGUGUGAAGAAACUAAAAGUUGGGGCCAGAAAUUGUGUUUACCAUGAAAGGGCCUACCCGCAGACUUACUUGAAUGGUAGAACCCUUGGCAUUGCAUACCCGACGCAUCUUACAGCUUCAUUCAAGACACAAGAUUCUGUGGUCGCCAGAAGCCGUGGGCAGGACUUUCCAUUGCAGACCGCUGCUGUACGAGGCGUGCAGCGACAGCAUACCACCGCACCGGUUCCACUGCAAAAAGGGGGCGUGCCCUCUCAGGGCAAAGACGCGGAGCAACAGGACAAAGGAAGGGGUUGCCGCAGUGGAGCUACAGGGGCAGCCGAAAGGGGUAGGGGAGAGGGACGUGACUGUCAAGAAAAAGGAGAAGUUGAAGGAAAGGGUGGUGUUGACGAGGGUGGCGGAGGAGAGGAGGUGGGUGACGGUGAAGAUUGCGGAGGCUUUAACUCGCGAGACUGCUCCAACAGAUGCGGGCUGAAACGUAAGAGCGAGGAGCUUGAGAACUUGGGGAGCACCAUGCAGAUUGUGGAGGACCUGUCAAUGUUGCCUGCAAUGUUGCAAUCGAAUGUGGGAAACCCGCCAGUUGUGGUCCCUGGUGCGGUCGGAGGAGGGCCUGCGAAACAAGGAGGAAGUUCAGGGAGUGGAGAUUGUGAAUACCAGCUGGUCCAUCACGAGUUGCUCUGCUCCUUGAAGAACACCUAUGAGGUUUUAGGCUUCCUUGGUCGCGGUACUUUCGGCCAGGUCGUGAAAUGUUGGAAACGUGGAACCAAUGACAUCGUGGCUGUGAAGAUCCUGAAAAAUCAUCCAUCGUACGCUCGACAGGGUCAGAUUGAGGUGGGCAUCUUGGCUCGCCUCAGCAGCGAGAACGCAGACGAGCACAAUCUGGUGCAAGCUUUCGAGUGUUUCCAGCACCGCAGCCACACCUGCCUCGUGUUUGAGAUGUUGGAGCAGAACCUGUAUGACUUCCUCAAGCAAAACAAAUUCAGUCCGCUACCUCUGAAAGUGAUCCGACCCGUUCUUCAGCAGGUGGCUGCGGCGCUGAAAAAGUUGAAGGCCAUGGGACUGAUUCAUGCUGACCUGAAGCCUGAGAACAUCAUGUUGGUGGAUCCAGUACGGCAACCCUACCGAGUGAAAGUCAUAGACUUUGGCUCGGCCAGUCAUGUCUCAAAAGCAGUCUGCUCUACGUACCUCCAGUCGCGGUACUACAGGGCUCCAGAGAUCAUUCUCGGUCUGCCUUUCUGUGAAGCCAUAGACAUGUGGUCUCUGGGAUGUGUGAUUGCUGAACUCUUUCUGGGCUGGCCUCUCUAUCCCGGAGCCCUCGAAUAUGAUCAGAUUCGCUACAUUUCUCAGACUCAGGGUCUGCCUGGAGAGCAUCUGUUGAACGUGGGGACGAAGACGUCACGGUUCUUCUGCCGGGUGUCAGACUCUCCCUACGCUGCCUGGAAACUCAAAUCCACAGAUGAGCAUGAGGCAGAGACGGGUCUCAAAUCGAAAGAAGCCAGGAAGUACAUCUUCAGCUCUUUGGACGAUAUAGCGCAUGUACGUACACUAUAUCACCAGAGAGUGAAUCUAGUGAUGAAUCUGGAAGGCUGUGAUUUGUUAGCAGAGAAGGUGGACCGUGCAGAGUUUGUGAGUUUGCUAAAGAUGAUGUUGCAGAUAGACGCGGAGGAAAGAAUCGCCCCGAGUGAUGCCCUCAGCCAUCCCUUCAUCACAAUGCAGCAUCUGUUAGAUUUCCCCCACAGCAACCAUGUAAAAACGUCUUUUCAAAUUAUGGACGUGUGCUGGCCACGGCCGGCCGGGUACGAGUCUCUCGGGCGGAGCAAGGCUGCGUAUGUCAGGACGGCCCCGAGCUCCAGCACAGCUCCCGGCCUCACGCUGCCUUUCUGUAAGAUGACCGCCAUUCACUCUCAGACUUUGGCCUCAUCCGCACCCUCAGUGAUGCAUCAUGGGAUACCGCUUCAGACAGGAAGUUCUCAGUUUAGUGACUCAUUCCAGCAGGCGCUGAUCCUCUGUCCCCCAACCAUACAAGGUCUCCCUCCCAACCUAAAUAAGCCAGCAGGCUUCCCAGUGCGCAUGGAGAACACGGUACAACUGGUGACACCAGCGUCUGCCAUGCAACCGCUACAGAUCAGACCGGCAGUUAUUACACAGCAAACAUGGUCAAAUCGUGGCCAGCAGAUCCUGGUGCCCGCCUGGCCACAGGUGACCCCCAUGGCCCCCUCAGCAACCUCUCUGGGCUCAGAUACAGUGGCAGGUUCACAGAGACAGGCAGAUUGGGGGAAAGUUCGUUCGCUUGGCAACCAUUAUAACUCCAUGAUGCCCCACCAUCAGCCACUACUAACCAACGCGAUGGCGAUAUCCGCUCACCAGCCAAUCAGCAUAGGGAUUGCUCACGUGGUGUGGCCACAGCCAGCCGCUAACAAAAGAAAUAAAGUGUCUUCAAACAGAAGUAACAACUUAAUGCAUGGCACAAACAUCCAAAAUUUCACAAGCCAGUCCCAAAAGACAAUAGACAGCGCCAAAAGCACAGAGGAGGUGGAGUGUGUUGCGGAUGCUGUGCCAGAGGAGGAAGCUGUAUGCUGUAAGGCAGAACCAGAGUACGAGGACUCGGAGAUGAGGAAACGAAGACAGGCUUGCGCGAUGGCCGAUUCCCCGAGCCCGACGGGGAGCGUGAUCAGCAUCAGCAGCGGAUCAGAUGAGGAUGGGCCUGAUGCUCAGAAACACUCGCCAGAGUGUAAAGGUAGUCCAGAGUGUGAGGCAUGUCAGAGUACACUGCAUAUGGAGCGAGUGUGUUCCCUAAGCAGUCCUGAUUCAACCCUGAGCACUAGUUCAUCUACAUCACAACAGUCCAGCACUUCACCCUGCAAGAGACCCAACAGUAUGUCGGACGAGGAACGGGAAAGCGGUUGUGACAUGGUGGACGGCUCACCGGCCUCUGUUUCCUCCAGCCGAGCUGACAGCCCCUUCCUGCAGGACCCUUACAUUCAUGACAACGCACCGAACCGCAAAGCCGACAGAAGCGCAGAAACAGAGGCAGUCAAGCUCCCUGUCCGCACCAUGGUGGUGCCGCCGAUGAGGGUCCCAAAAAGUGAGCCAAUGGGACACAUAGAGUCAUGCCCACCCAAAGGCCGCAGUGGAUCCAACCGACAGCCGCCCUACUCUACAUUAUUUGUGACCCGCCAACAGAAAACCACUCCUGCCUUCCCGCCCCUGCUGCCCCCUCAACAGCAGCUUACUUUUGGACAGGUCCAGCAUUUUGGCUCCUCCCAUCAGGAGUGGAAUGGCAGCUACAGCCACCGCAGGCCUCAGGCGUUCAUCCCGCCCACUGUACAUGGCCACACCUUUACUCUCCCUCAUGGCAGCCCCACCCACGCUACGGCCCAUCCUCCUCAGUCACACCUGGGUGUCCACCCCCUUUCCCAGCCCACUUUAAUUUCCUACCCCCCUUCUGGCCCCUUGGUGACCAGCGCCCCCAUUGCCCACCUCCUGGCUUCACCUGGGGGAACGAGGGGUCACGUGUUUCAGCCACCUUACAGCCUCACCCAUCCGGCAGGCCACCUGGUGCACCAGGUCACAGUGGGGCUCAACGCCCGUCUUUUGCCCUCUCCCAGCCUCCACCCUCAGGGUCAGUUCAAACCGUUUUUCCCCCCACACUCCUUUAUCGCGUCGCCGGCAUACGGAGGUUUCCCUCUCAGUCCCACCAAAAUAAACCAGUACCCCUACGUCUGAGACCCGCUCACUUCGCAACCUUCUCGAGUCCGGGCGGGAGUCGGUUGCGCCCCAUUAUCGCUCAGCCACGGGCAUAACGCCGGCACUCUGUGCCAACCACAUACCGUCUGGUUCUCGUACCCAAUGCCCUGGCACAAAGAGAAAGCAAGCAAGUUUUGGGGAAUCACGUAGACUUGAGUGCAGUUAAAUUGAGCUUUAAAGAAGAACAUGUUCGAAAAGUCUUUAGCAAGUAGGGUUGAGAAAAGUUUCAGGUUGAAAGAGAAGGAGUAUGAGAUUAGAUUUUGCACAUGUGACGUAUCACUUUAUCGGAUUUCAAAUCAGCGCUCCUUUAAUGAAUAUCGUCAGCGGAUGGUGUCCAAAAUCACGUGAUGGUCAACUUAUUUUUACACAUUGCCUUUAAACUUGUAUGAGACACAUUUUGUGUUUGUGAAGACUGAUGCCCGAUGUAGUGUUCACGACUGUUCACCGGCUGUUUUCUUGUGUUCACAGUAUUUGAACUUUGGUGUUUCUCAUCAUGGAGUCGUUCAUUACUCGCUGCAUGUGUUGCAUGAGCUGCAAUGUUGUUCGGAAAGAAGCCCGAGGUGCAUUGUUGUCCCAGCCAUAGUGCCUUAUAUAUCGGCAGUUGUUGUGUUACUUCUACACUUUCACUCUCUGUGUAUGUGUAUAUAAAACGUUUAUGUAUUUGUCUCGGACUGCAGCACUUGCAGUUCGAUUCAGUCCGUGUGUGUGUGUGUGUGUGUGUAUAAUGUAUAUACACACAGAUGUAUUAUUUCAUGUAUAGAUAGGCAUCAGUGUACCUCAGUGCACACGCCGCAGUACUUAUUUUUGGAUCCGGUGUAUAUUUGAGAUGUAGUGAGGACAGCAUGCUUUUGCUGCAGCGAACGCCUGCUGUUAGUUUCAUUUUUAUUUCUCGGUUUAUUUUUGUUUUCACAAGUUGUAUAAAGAAUUCAUUAAAUACUGCUUAGAAUCGAUUUCUAUUCAGAAAAAUCUAUAAUACGGACAGUAUGUUUACUGUUUAGUGAAACUGCAAUACAAUCUAAAUACAGAAUUAGGAGUUUGUUGUUCUUUUUGUGUGUUUUAGUUGUUUGGGUUGUGUGUGUGUGUGUGUGUGUGUGUGUGUGUGUGUGUGUGUGUUUUGUGCGGUGGGCAUGGCUUCGUCUAGAUGAAGACACAAAUGCAAAUGGGUCUUUGAUUCAGGGUAAUGGAUUCAUCUUAGCCUGAGCAGACCAUGCAGUGUUUGGUGUAUAGACACAUAAGAGUAUAUAUAUACACUUAUAUAUGUUAUAGAGCUGGUUUAUUUAGUGCUGAAGCUUGACCAGGUGUGUUUACGGUGUGCAAUCCUCAUUUAUAUAUGCAUGUGUGAACUGAUUUAACUGCUUUUCCUAAUUAUACUGUUAUAUCGUACGAUGAAAGCUUGUCGGUGUCAACUGCAUUUUAUACAUUCCGUCAGGGACAAACAAGUAUAUAUAUGUGUGUGUGUGUACUGUAUAUACGAUGUGUGUAUUUUUGUUUCGGUUCGUUCAGCUUGAUUUGUGUUUUAGUCUUUUGAAUGAAGUCGCUUGUGCGCCACCAAAGACUGUAAUUUCAUAGGCUCAGUUUUAAAACCUAGGGAGCUGCCUUUGUAGGUAACGUUUUAUCGUAGGCAAACUUCUGAUGCAAACCUAUGCUGCCUCCCAAAAUAUCUUAGUGUGGCUGGAUUAUAAGGCAGCAUUGUACUUUUACAAAGAAGAAACAGCGAAACAAAUCCAAGAUGGCCAAUGAAUUGAGAGUUUGUCGAUUAUAAAUAAAGUAAUUUAUUACAGACCGGUAUAGUUUGAAAAAUAGUUGAGUUUGAUGCAAAACAUCCUAUUUUUAAUCUAGUAUAUGUGUGUUGUGUAUUUUAAGCCUAUUAGAGCAUUGCACAGUUAGCAUAGUAGCAUGCUAAUGCCAAACACUGUUGAAAUCAGAGUCUCGUGCAUUUCAUGAGGAGCACGAUAUACAGUAUGUGGUUUGCCUUAAGAAGGCUUUUCAAUUUUUUUAAAUUAAGUUGCCUCGUAUGUAAGCAGCAGACAGCAAGGCAGCUCAGUAGGUGCUUGGAACAGAGCCGGUUUCUUAGCAAGGUAGCUACUCUCUCUGCAUAGACCUCACGUAUACUGUAGUAAAUAUAGUCAUGGGGUAAAUUUCAAACUUUGUAUUUAAAAUAAUGGCUGAGGUUAUGUUUAGCUUUUUGGACAAGUAAUAAAUCGUAUCGUAUCUUGAAUGUAUCUUAGGCAAGCUGCUAUAUGCUGUAUGAAUUGCCAUUUCAGAUAGCUGUGAAAUGACAUGGGUUCUUAUCUACAUUUGUUUAUUUGUAUGGGUCUCUCUAAUAUAUUAAACUAGAAGUGUUUUUUGAUUUUUGAGUGUCAUUUUAACUGCUGUAUUGCUACUAAUGGACGUUUAGUUUCUCUUUUCACAUCAGUAUUGCAUCUUCAUUAACCAUUCUAGAUCGUCACUGCUUAUUAAUGGAUGUAUCGGUGUAACUUCAUUUUUGUAUGUUUACAUGUUUAUCUAUGUUUUUGACUCGUAAUAGCUUGCAGAGUUGAUUUGACUUCAGCGAUACUUACAGCUGUUAUUUAGAACAUUUCUGCUGUGUUUUGGAAAUACAAAUGGCAAAAAACAUUUCUCAGUAUUGUAGUUUGUUAUGGAUAAUCCCAUUGUGUAAUGCCACUGAGCACUUAUUACAAACUAAUGUGCGGUAACCACGACGCCACGUUUUGAUAUGAGAGGGCAGUUUGUGAUUAAAUCAAUAAACUUAUUUUUACAUUAAUGUAUGUGGUUGACCAUUUUGUGUUAAAAAAUGUGACUGAUGUCAUUUUAAGUCAAGACCAUAUCUUAUAUAUGUGUACAGUGUGAACAACACUGUGUGUGCCUUGAUUGAGAUAUUGGUUAUGAAACAAAUUUGCAAGUAUUCAUUUCACCCUGUUACCCACACAAUAUGUGAGCAAGCAACUCUCCAUUCCAGGGAUCGAAAUUGUUGUCAAAUUUGAAUUUCAUUUUUUUAAAGAAUCCCAUUCUGUGGAUGCUAUUUCUUUGCUUUGGUAAAUGUCUAGCAAUUGUAAACGUGCUGUUUUCUAGACACACUGAUCAGGUUUUUAUGACAUUUCAUUUCAACCUUCAAGUACAGAAUGUUAAACAUGUUGUACUCCACUUUUUUUUUAAAUAAAGAUUUUUGUAAUGUGGAAUAAAUAAUUUUAAGGUAAUAAAUGUUCUUUUUAAAGAUCUUGACUGAAAGGUUAUUUGGGGAACCCAAAAUGGGUCUUCUAUGGUGUUUUUAUUUUUGUUAAUCAUAUUUUUCGAUCCCUGCAAAUGGAAUUCACCAGCAUUUCUUCUGAAAAUCACACCCAGAAACGAAGUUGUUGAAUAAUGAAUAAUUUGAAUAUUUAUUGCCUGUAUUUACUUUAAAUGAAAUCAAUAGUUUUUGUUGAAAUCUUUUCUAAUAUUACAGCAUUCAAUAAACACAACAUUAUACCAUAAAAUCAAUGUAAUGGCAUAUUUCAUGCUUUAUUUAAAAUCUGCACUAAUCUCAUUUAAACAAAAUAAAGAAUUCAUGUUAUGAUGCUUUAAAUGUACUGUACUCUUAUCCAGUUUUACAUCAUAUUUCACCAUCUGUCAAAGUUAUUUUACACUGCAAGUUAUGGAUUUCAUGUUUCUGUUAUUUGUUUCAUUAAGAGUUGAUAAAAGCAUUGUUAUUCACUGUUUUGAUGUAUGUAAACUCUUGUUUUAUUUUCUGAUUUAUCUGAUUUGACGCUACACUGGUUUGUCAUGUAGCACUUCUUGCACUGUGCAUUAUGAGGACUGGGAACAUGUAACCCACUGGAUAUACAGUCAUGUUUUCAUUGUAGACUAGCGUUUCCUUUCUAGUUCUCAGUGAAUAAAGUUGUGACCAAGCAUCCUCCACUUAGUCACAUUAAACUGAA